AUGAGAUUGAUUGCAUGCGUGCUUGUGCUGUUGAGCUUUGUGGCUCACUCAUUGGCAGUAUCAGCGACAGGCCAGCGUGUCUUGGCCUUGGUGGAAGAUGGUCCUCAUGAGUACUCCAGUUAUUUCGACUCGCUCAAGGGACGUGGCUACGAGGUGACGACCACCACGCCGGAUAGCGUCGAUUCAGAUACACUGUUCAAAUUUGGGGAGCGCAUGUUCGACCAUGUGAUCAUGUUUUCGCCGAAAAUGAAGCAUUUUCCUGAGAGUAUGAAGCCGACCGUCUUGGUCGAGUUCCUUCGUAAUGGUGGUAACCUUUUGGUGGGCUUGUCGCCUAGGCUCUCUGAAUCAUGGCGCAACUUUGCGCGCGAAUUCGGCUUAGAGUUUGGCGAGCGUGAUACAAUGCUAGUGGACCACUUCAGGUAUGAUCCUGCUUCAGAUCGGGGUGACCAUGCAGCAGUUUUGGUGGGCAGCACGGGCGAUGCUCCACUAAGCGGAGGUGGUCUUGUGUCUAACCAGGCUGUCUUUUCAAGGGAGACGCUUUCGCUUCUAGAUCCAUUCGUUUUCCGUGGUAUUGCACACUGGGUGGGCCCUUCGCCCCUUGCCUUCCCCCUGGUUCUGCCUCCUUCCACAGCGUACCAGACCGAUGUGCCCAAGAUCACCUUUGAGUCUACAAGCCAGUGGGAAGCUUCGGGCAUCCAGAAGCUGGAGCCAUUGCACCGAAUGGAAAAUCUGCUUACAGGAGCUGAUGCUUAUUCACACGAUACCAAAGCUUCGCUCGUAUCAGCUGUGCAACUUCGCGACAAUUCGGCCCGGGUGGUCUUUGUGGGCAGUACAGAGUCAUUCCAAAAUGGAUUGUACGAUAAUUCAGAGCGUCCCAAGCAGCGUGCUGUGGUGGACGACUUGACUGCAUGGUCCUUCCAGGAGCGUGGUGUGCUCCGAGUAGUGCGCAGUGCCCAUGAGCGUCUUCGCGCUAGUCCUGAUGAUGUGCGUCCAGAUUACGAGGAAAAACCAGGCAUGAGCAGAAUGUACCGAAUCAAGGACACGGUCAACUACCUUCUUGAGGUACAGGAAUUCCAGGACGGCUCGUGGGGACCUGUGACGGAGACCUUGUCGCCUCAGCUAAGUGCUGUGAUGCUCGAUCCUUAUGUGACCGUACCGCUCGUGCCUGAGAAUCAAAACGACAGUACAUUGUACCGUGCCAAUUUGCGUCUUCCGGAUAAGCAUGGUGUCUUCACGUUGCGCGUGAAUUGGAAGCGGCAUGGAUAUACAUACAUCGUAAAAAAUGAUGUGACGCCUGUGCGCCCAUUUAAUCAUGACGAGUAUCCACGUAUGCUGAGCAGCUCGUGGCCUUAUGUGGCGGGUGCACUAUCUACCAUGAUAGGCUUUUCUGUCUUUGUUACCUUAUGGCUCUCGAUGCCAGCCCAGAAACCCACUAGCAAAACGUUGUAG